UUGUCACCUAUUUAUUUGCAUCACUUCUUACGUGCCUACAUUCUCUCCAAUGCGAUUCCUCAUAGUCGCGUGCCAGAACGUCAACUGAUCAAUACUGAGAGGGUGCAUGAGCGCCAUGCCGAAUUUCAUGCGCGCGCCCCACGCCCUAAUUUUAAGCAACUACUUACUCAACUUUUUGAAGGCUGGAUGGCCGCUGCACAGCAUCCAGAGGGAUCAAAUGGGCUGUCAACAUUCUCAUGUACUUUGCUGGAGAAGGAUGAAAACAAGAAGUUAUUACCAAGAGUGCGGAAGAAAGGAACUAAACUGCCACGGAUGCCGAAGAAACCUGAGGACUUCGUGUUCCUGCGAAUUCUUGGCGAAGGUGCCUACAGCACAGUUUAUCUCGUGCGUGAACUCGAUUGUGGACAAAUGAACGCCGCCAAAGUUGUGGAAAAGGAUUUCGUCAAUCGGCACCAGAAACUGGCUGCCAUGAUUCGCGAGAAGAAUAUCUUGGCAUCGUUAUCGUACGAACAAGGUGGACAUCCAUUUGUGAUUCAACUUUAUUGUACUUUCCAUGACUCACAACGAUUAUACUUCGUCACUGAUGUGGCCGAGCGUGGUGAUUUACUGGAUGCACUGAAUCGUCUUGGAGUUUUUGACAUUCCCUCGGCACGAUUCUACGCGGCUGAAAUUGUGGUAGCACUUGAGUUCAUUCACAGCCAUGGAGUUGUACAUCGCGAUUUGAAACCGGAGAAUGUCCUUAUGAGAAGGAGCGGACAUAUAAUGCUUACCGAUUUUGGCAGCGCGCAAAUCUAUGACGAGAAAUUAUUUGUCCACUACGAAGAAGAGGUUGAGUUAUCGUCGCAAGUGAGGAGACCUGAACCAGAAAGGAACGUUGUUGAAGCUCUAACCGCAUCUACUAGUGACAGCUCAUCAGAGUCAGAAGAAGACGGACCUAAAAGCUCAAAUCGGCCCCGUCGCGCUACGUUUGUCGGCACAGCUCAGUAUGUGAGCCCCGAAAUGCUGAGAGGUGAAGAGGUGGGACCACCAUGCGAUUACUGGGCACUAGGUGCGAUAGUUUACCAGUUGAUCUCUGGACAAGCACCAUUCCGUGCUAUCAAUGAUUUCCAUCUGAUGAAUAAGAUCCAAAAACUGGAUUUAUCCUUUCCGACUGAUUUCCCGGAUGUGGUCAGAGAUUUUGUGGAGAAGCUUCUUGUGCUGGAUCCAUCGAUGCGUUUGGGGACUGGAAAUCUUAGCAAUUUGAAGUCGCACACUUUUUUUGAAGAUACUGACUGGAUUAAUAUUGCGAAUACAGCGCCUCCAGAUAUUUUACCGCCUAUGUCCAAAAAUUUUGAGGAAGUCAUGAUGAAUGCGGGAGUACUCCCGGAACCAGGACUGGACGAGAAGGCCCUCAACCGUUUGAUGAACCCAUCAUUGUUGGGCCUAGACUUAUCAGGGCAGCCAUAUCUGGACAGCGAAGCCUCUGGAAGCAUUGUCCAAACUCCGGAUGACAUGAACUUUGACAGACCUUUUUCUUCUCGUAACAGAAAGCUUGAGAAACAAAGAAAGGAGAAUCCCUACCAUCCAUUUGUCCAAGAUAACCUAAUUGUCCGAUCCGGCUUUAUCGAUAAGAAAAAAGGACUCUUUGCUAGAAGACGAAUGUUCCUGCUUACUGAAGGCCCUCAUCUCUUCUAUGUUGACCCCAAUACUAUGGAGCUCAAAGGAGAAGUACCGUGGUCACCUUGCAUGCGAGCAGAAGCCAAGAAUUUUCGGGCAUUUUGGGUUUAUACCCCAAAACGAAUCUACUAUCUGUUUGAUCCCGAAUCGAGAGCUCUUGAAUGGUGUAAAGCGAUCGAGCAGAUGAAAACACGUUAUGCGGAUGAAAUUGCUGAAUCCUACGAGAAAGCGGUCAAAGAUGGCACUUUUGGAGUCAACACCUACAAAAAAUCUGGCAACUAUUUUGGAACUAAACGAAGAAAAGGGCGAUAUCAUCAAGUUUGA